AUGAAUNAAUAUGAAUCUAUUGCUCGUGCUAAUAUUCGUUCACAACAACAAGUUUGUUCACCAACAAAUCAUCGUCUUCUUUUACAAUAUCCAAAUAAUAAGCAUUAUCAACAUUCAGAUUUAGUACAAUAUGGUAGUCCAACAUUUUCAACAUCUUCAUCAUCUCGUGAACAACAAUCAAUGACAAUGAAUUUUAAUAGUACAAUUACACCAAAAUCACCAUUAAAUGGAUACAAUAAUAUUGAACCAUCACCAAGACUAAAUAUUCAUUCACCAAUGAUUACUCGACAAGCUCCACCACCACCACCUCCACCUCCUCCACCAUUAUUAUCACAAUUUGAACCAAAUCAUAAUUCAAUACAAUAUCCUCCUAUGAAACAAAUAAUUGUUAGACCAUCAGCUACUCCUCCACCACCGCCACCACCUCCACCGCUGCCACCACCAGCACCACCUUUACCAGUAAAUAUGGGUAUGCCAACACUUGCAACUAUUUCCGAAAUUGAUAAUUUACCUCCACCACCGGCUGAUUUUAUUGAACAAUCAGCAUCUCCACCCCCUCCUCCUCCUCCACCACCACCUCCACCUCCAUUGCCAUCAAAUAUUCCACCAGCACCACCUUUACCGAAUUCUACUAUUCAAUCACUUGCCAUGCGGCCUUCGCCGGUCAGUACACCACCAACAAAAAAACCUAAUUCAGAUAGUAAUACAAUAUCAUUAUCUCAACGUGAUGAUGUUUCUGUUACAUCAGAAACUUCGAUUCAAGACCAACGACCACUCAUUAUGCGUGAUCUUCAUUCUGAUUUAUUGGAAGAAAUUAAAAAAGGUACAUCAAUUUUUUCUAGUUUUUAUUUUUUUUCUUAUUUAAUUUUUCUUUUGUGUUCAGGUAUUCAAUUGAAUAAUCGUAAACGAGAAGAAGAAAAGAAAGCGGCUGUAACAACAAAAACAAGUGCUCUCAAUGUUAUGGCAAUUAUGGAACAAGCAGCAAAAUAUCGUCGAGAUAAGAUCCGUCCACAAUCAGAAUCUGAGAAUGAUGAUGAAUCAUCACGAUGGGAUGAUAGUGACUAA